AUGCAGGGCAGCCUUAAUAACGAGAGCUGGAGUGAGCUGGUAAUCCUCCUGCAGGAGAAAGGGAGCGAGGAGAACACAACACGGCCCCUGCCGUGUGCCCCGGAUCUACAGAAAUGCGGCUGGCCUCACAGGGUGCCCCAACACCUCCCUGCCUGCCAGCCUGAGAAAUUGGCACAACCGAAAGUUUGUCACGGGACGUCCAAGCCACUGCAAUCAAAGGACCCCCUGAGCAGCAUUAUUGCGUAUUUCCGUGAGAUUGGUGGAGAGUCCAGAAAUCUAGGUGGAGCAGAUACUUUGUCUGAAGUCAGAAACAUGUACAACAAAGAUUUAAUGAAGCUUCUGAGGACAGCUAAGCAGAUGGAAAACAUCAAGGUAACCUCUGAAUUGGGAAGACACAGAACAAGGAGGUCUACGUUUUAUCAGUCUGGCGUGAAAGUCUGCCCUCAGGAAACCAUCAAAGAGGUCAUGUCCAGUCAUAGAGCAUACUACAAACUGAGAGUUUGUCAGGAGGCAGUUUGGGAGGCUUUCCGCGUCUUUCUGGACCGGCUCCCGAGCAACGAGGAGUAUCAGAGGUGGGUGUUCACCUGCCAGCAUGAGCCCCUCUGCCUGGAUGACCUGGCCAGAAAUUUCAGCCACUCCCAAGAGCACAUUGACAUGGUGCAUAAGAGAGUGGUCUCUGCGGCGGACCAGCUGCAGAAACAAGAGGGAGUCACCUCAGAGCCUGGACCUACAGGGCAUCCUAGUCCUGAGAUAGCAGGACCUGGGGAAUCAACCACAGCAAGGGCUUAUCCUGACCCCGUUCCCAGUGACAUCAUCGGUAAUACUCAGGGCACUGACCUUCCCAACAUUGUGCCAGAGAUGAUGGUGGAACAAGUGGUGGAGUUCAGCAUCACCAUUGUGGACCCUGGUUACAGUGAAUUGUUGAACGACCCUGACACAGCCCAGUACCAUGAUUACACCCGCAGUCUGCAUGAUCAGAUGGUGCUUGUGUUUGAAAAGCUUCCAGGAUUUAAAGAGAUACGAGUUUUGGGAUUCAGAUCUGGGGGAGAAACAGUGCGCUAUGCUGUGGUGUUUGAGACCGACUUUGUCUUUCCGGGCCCAAGUCUGAAGGAGAUGGUGGCCAUGGCCCUAAGCGAGCAGGUCUCCUUGCCUGUAGACAUACAGUCGCUUAGCUUUGAGCCAGAUAAUCUGCCACAGCCGACCAUGCCAAUAGUCCCAGAAAUUGCUGAAGAGCUAAAUAGAGCUUCUCCAGAGCCGGACUCCCACAAUGAGCUGACAGUGGCUACACCUCAGCCAGAAGACGAAGUAGAAAAGCAUCAUGUCCGUGUCUCUCUUGCCCCUGUUGCAAGAGAAAAUGACCUGAGGACCCUCCUGGACCCCACAGCCAUUCCAGAAGAGGAGCAAGUGAAAGAAAUUAGCAUCUCUGAGGUUGGUAGCAUCUUCUCUUCCCACGAUGUGGCCCCUGAGCACGGCACGGUGAUGUUCAAUAGCGUCAUUCCGGACCCUGAGGUCAGAGGGACAACGCCCGAAGCCGUCACACAUAUUCCUAUGACCGUGCCAUCAGCAACCCUUUCCUUGGCAGACGAGGUUGGCACAGACAGUGCGGCAGAGCCACCCAGCACCACUACAUUUUUGUCACCCGUGGUUGAGCAGCCACCAGCAAGCGAUAAGCCAACUUUACUCCCGCAGCCUGAAGGGGGCGCUGAGGAAGCAGACUCAGUGGAGGAUGGACACUCUCCUGUGGACCCUGGGGUUGCAGAACCUGAAGGUGAAAUCAUUGUUCUGGAUGAACCGACAGACACCAUUGAGGAUGGAAGUGUUCCAGAGGUGACCUCCAUGCCAGAUAUCGGUGUAGAAGAGAUGCCAUCAAUCACGAAGACCGAUUCUUCAAAGGACAGUGAAGGAGAGGCAGACAUUGUACUGUUGGACAAUAGCCCCAUGCUUCCAGAAGUCACAGCUACCUCUCCUACAGAUCUGGAGCACCUCGAAGCUCCAUUAACUGAGUCCCAUUUAAAUACAGUCGAACUCGCAAGAGGACCCCCAACAGUCGCUGUGACAGAUUUCAAAAUGGAGCCAGAGGAGGUGUUCACCACAGAGGCCAUUGUUACAGUAACAGAAGAGCUUGCAGUUCAAGACCAGGAGGAUCAACCUCCUCCCACCAGUCCGUGGUCUCCGUCGGGCAAUGAGGGCACAGAGGGCAUCAUGGGGGAUCUGGAUGGUGAGAGCAUGGAAAGCAAUGGUGUGCUGGACCCCUCUGAGACGGGCGAUCGCCCCUUCGAGUCCACGCCACCCCCCCCUCUCAAAUACCUGACCACACCCUCGAUGACCACGGCCAGCAAGGGCAAAGAGUUAGUGGUUUUCUUUAGCUUGCGAGUCACUAACAUGAAUUUUUCAGACGACCUUUUCAACAAGAGCUCCUCCGAGUACCAAUCACUGGAGAAUACGUUUCUGGAACUGACACAGUUCUCACAGCCCACUGACAGGCCAAACCCAGAAGCCUCACAGAGAUUUGAAAGUGGGAAGCAGAGGACAUUAGCCUCCAUUCCGCUUCUCCCUUACCUGCAGUCUAAUUUAACCGGAUUUAAAGAGUUAGAGAUACUCAACUUCAGGAAUGGCAGUGUUGUGGUCAACAGCAAGAUGAAAUUUGCCAAGUCUGUACCAUAUAACAUCACAGAGGCAGUGCACUGUGUUCUUGAGGACUUUUGCAACGCAGCAUCUAAACGCCUGGACAUUGAGAUUGACAGCCGUUCCCUGGACAUUGAACCCGCCGAUCGAGCAGACCCUUGCAAGUUUUUAGCCUGCAACGAGUACUCUCAGUGUGUGGUGAACAGAUGGACCAAGGAGGCAGAGUGUCUCUGCGAUCCGGGGUACAGAACUGAAGAUGGCCUCCCCUGUCAGAGUGUCUGCAGCCUCACGCCGGACUACUGUCUCAACGGCGGGCAGUGUGAGAUACUCCCAGGUCACGGAGCUACUUGCAGGUGUCCUGUCGGGGAAUACUGGCAGUAUAAUGGAGAACGCUGCUCUGAGAUGGUUUCCUUGUCCUUAGAUCCCAUGCUUAUCGUAGCAGGCAUUGUGGGGUCCCUCAUUCUUGUUUUUGCCAUCAUAGGGAUCUUGAUAUGCAUUAACAAGAAAUGCAUUGGGACCAGAAAGACAGUGACUUUGAUCCACACUCACAGCCCUUUUGCACUCGGGAGCACUACAAGGCUGAACCCGGUUUUUGAAAACGACACUGGUGUCUUGACUCAGUUUAGCAGCUCGUAUUGCACAUCGAGCACAGGAGCCGGUUCCUCCAGGUGCUCUCAGCAAGACAUAUUACACACGAUUGAGAACAUAAACCUCAGAAUCGAGAUACCCGGGCAAGUCUACACAGCCCGAACAGACGACCUAGUGCCAGAGAUGGUUGAUUUGCACCACUGUAUACCACAUAAAGAGACAUGGAGAUUAUCUAACGACUGCAAGACUUCCUGUUGUCUCCUGAGAGCGUCGGAUAAUGAGUGUGGUGAAGUGACCGUUUUGUGA